AUGCUAUUCCACGAAGUUCAAUCAUUGCGGCAUUCCGCCCAAGCGUUCUUCUUGGUCCUGCCAUCAAAAAUCGCCGAAACAUGGUUUCCAGAUCGACAACGAUCCCUUGCAAAUGUGCUCACAUUUAUCGCAAAUCCAUUUGGCGUCGUUCUGGGCACCAUCACACCGUCAUUGUAUUUCAGUGCGGCGUCAAAAGUUCCACCGUUCCAUCAUGGCAUAUGUUCCAGUUUGAUGAUUACGGCAAUUGUUUUAGCAAAAAAAGGUGCAUGCUUAACAACCAUAAGCGAACAUUCAACCUGCUAUUUUAAGAACACCAGUAUGGCGAUACUAACGACGAUCGCUUUCUUUUUGUCGCUAUUCAUCAGACGUGGCUCACCUCCAACUCCACCUUCAGCGUCGUCUGCGGACCAUUCCACUAACGCUCCUCCCUUUUGGAGCGCUAUCGCCAUUUGCUUCAAGAACAAACAGUUUGUUAUCCAGAUGUUUACGUUUGGACUGGCGUUUGCUGAGUUAUGGGGCUUCAUGGUGAUAAUGUCCGACAUCAUUACUGAACAAGGCUACGAACUCUACGGCUAUCCUACUGCACUGGCUGCUCUGGUCGGUGUGGGAGCGUCCCUGGUUUGUGGAGCGAUUGCGGACUGUACAAAGCGAUUCAAGGAGCUGCUCAGAGUGUGCUGGGUUUGCUGCACCACCACAAUCAUCUUCACCAGAAUAUGGCUUCGUCAUAAAUGGAGUGGACCUUGCGACACCGCAGUGUUCCUCGUAGCUUGCGCCGGACUAGGCGGCUUUUCGAUCCCACAGUUUCCGAUCGGAGUGGAAAUGGGCGUCGAAACGACUUUUCCGGUCUACGAAGCAACUUCUUCAGGGCUACUGGUGCUCAGUGGACAACUGUGGAUGUUUGUUAUGUACUAUGUGUUUGAGACGACAAAGAAAAUGAAAAUUAUCUACGACUUUGACGACACGAAACCAGCAGGGAAUUGGCAACUCAACCUCGAUAUUUGGUGUCUGUUGGGUAUUGUCGCAGUUAUUCUGUCGUUCAUUGCUAACCCA